UCACGACCACUUCCGGGUGAGAGGCACAGUAAGUUUGGAGUGCUCUGAGAGAAGCUUCCAGCUGACAAGACAUUGGAUUUUCUGUCGAAAACACCGUUUAUUUGUGUUUGUACAAUGAGCGAGGCGUGAUCGAUUAACCUGACAGACGUGGAUAUGUCACAAAAAUAUCGACAUUUAGCAUAAAACGCUGGAGAUAUUUAAAGAAGCGACAUGCUGUUCUGUGUAGUGCUGUAGUGGAUGUGAUGAUGCAUGUUGUUAAUAUGGUAAAUUUAUGAUCAGUUUUGGUCUAUAAGUGGAAGAAUAUUCGACUGUGUGUGUGUUUUAAACGUUACCUUUGCGUGAUUCGUGGUUUUGUGGAGCUUCUGGAUGGAUGAGUGUGCUGAAUAUGAGCUCUCAGGAUAAGACAGACACAGAUCUUAGACAGGAGGAGGAACACAGCAGCUCUGAGGACAACAAACAGGAGGGGGUUAUUUGUCUGGGCAACAAUGAAGUGAAGAGUCGUGCAGUAGUGAAGUAUUCGGCUGCUCCUCCUCCCUCCUCCUAUGCAUUACUACAAGAGAAGACCGACCUCAAGCUGCCACCAGCAAACUGGCUGCGCGAAAAUGCUCAGCUGGGACCCGCAGGGACCACCAUACUCGGGUCCAGCCGGAAAAGCAAACCCUUCUCCAGUUUUGGGAUGGCGUUUGACUUCAUUGACUGUAUAGGUGAUGAUGUCGAUGUUGUGUCUGAUUCAGAGAACAUCAAGAAGCUUCUGAAGAUCCCGUACAGUAAAUCUCAUGUCAGCAUGGCUGUUCAUAGAGUUGGCAGCACUUUACUGUUGGACGAACUGGACAUUCAGGAGCUCUUCAUGAGGUCAUCACAGACUAAUGACUGGACGUGGCUGAAGGAGUUUUACCAGCGUCUUAUAGACCAAAAGUGGCAGAGAAAGAAGAAAAGUAAAGAGCACUGGAACGAGAAGGCCAUCCUCUCCAAAUUCCUCUAUUACAGUAUAAACAGUGAUGGGACUGCAGUGUCUGUGCCGUCAGAUACAGAGCAAACAGGAGACGAGGGGUGUGGGGCAGGAACUGAUGGACCCUCUUGGCCUGCGACUUUCAGCAGCUCCACCACUGAUUCAGAAGAGUCUGCACUGCCCAAAGAGGAGCAGGUGGACACAUAUGCUUUAGGUCACGUGUCGUCGGUUCCCAAAGAACAGAAUCUACCCACGCUGUUUAAUGAAGGAGAAAACAGUCAGGGUUUGAGAAAUGACUUUGUCCGAAAUAUUUUAUGGACAUUUGAGGACAUCCACAUGCUUGUGGGAUCAAAUAUGCCAAUUUUCGGAGGUGGACGAUACCCAGCAGUCAGUUUACGUCUCAGGGACAACAACAAACCAAUCAACGUUCUCACAGGAAUUGACUACUGGCUGGAUAAUUUGAUGUGUAACGUACCAGAGCUGGUCAUGUGCUUUCACGUCAAUGGCAUUGUUCAGAAAUAUGAAAUGAUAAAAACAGAGGACAUCCCCAAUUUAGAGAACUCCACAUUCUCCACGCGGGUUGUGAAAGACAUUGCUCAAAAUAUCCUGUCGUUCCUGAAAUCAAACUGUACCAAAGAAGGACACACGUACUGGCUCUUCAAGGCCAGCGGGAGUGACAUUGUGAAGCUGUACGACCUCACUACACUGUGUGAAGAAGCAGCAGAGGAGAAAUGCCAGAAUCCCUUCACACUUCCAGUAGCCGUGCUUCUCUACAAAGUGGCCAGCAACAUGAUGCUAAAGAAGAGCCAAAACCGGAAGAUCUAUGGGACAAUCAGAACUCUACUGCUCAACUGUAUUAAACUGUUGGAUGAGGACAGACAUCCACAGAUCAUCGCUUCGGCUCACUACAUGCUGGCAGAACUGUUUCAGCUGGAUGAUGUGAGUGAAGACGAAGGCAAUGGGGAGUCGCUGAGAGGAGGAGGAUCUGAAGACAGCUACAGUGAUGAAGAUGAGGAGGAUGAGGAGGAAGAUGAAGACGAGAGAUGCUCCUUCAGCACUGCCUCUGAACCGCAGCACGACUCCAAAGCUGUGGCCGUCAUCAAGUCUGUCGGAGAGCUUUCGGUUCCAGAGAAAUACAAGAGCACGCAUCAGAUCAGACCAAACUUUGCAUAUCCUGUUUCACAAGACAAGGAGGAGAAGUGCCGACUGGUUCUCAGCUACGUUUUAAAAGGUCUGAAAGCAGUGGACAGCAGCAUAAAGAAAGAGAGCGACCUUCCUGCAGCCGAUCCCAGCACACCCAUCCCACUAAAAUAUGAGGAAAGAAGUCCAAAUGGAGCUAGAGAGGUGGAGCAGGAGAUUGCUUUACUGCUGGAUAGAGUUGGCCCAUGUAACGAAGAGUUGAAGGUGCCGACACGCUCCGGGAUGUUACCAGGCACAUGGCAGCAUCGCAUGAAACUCCAGCUGUUCCUGAAAGCAUCGAAAGCGUAUUACGUUUUGUCAGAUGCUGCGACCAACCUACUGAAGUACGGCCGGGCACUGCGCUACAUCAAACUGGCUCUGCAGUGCCACGAUGCAUACUGCUCCAUUAGUGGCGGUCUCCACGCACAGGUGCUUCUUUUCCACUGCCAGUGUCUGUCUCUGUGUGGAGAUGUUCAGCUCAUGUUGGCCCAGAAUGCCUCAAACAGAGCUGCGUAUCUGGAGGAGUACAGCUAUCAGACCAAAGAUGACCAGGAGAUCCUCCACUGCCUGCACCGCGAGAGCUCCUGCCAAGCCUUCAGCAUGGCCACUGAUCUGGCCCUGGAUCCUGAGUACCAGCUUAUCGUCAGCUGCAAGUGUUAUGAAGCCGCUCAUGAUCUUUUGACGUCAGGAGUCCUGAAAGACCAGGCACAGGAGCAGCUGGGUCAGGUGCUGAAACGUCUCGGGAACAUUCGAAACGAGAUGGGCGUUUUCUACAUGAACCAGGCUGCAGCAAUGCAGGCAGAGAAAGAAGGAGGUCGUAAAAAAGACUGUACAAAUGCUAAGAAAACCAGGAGUAAAAGUAUAAUUUUCUUUUCUGGUCCGGACCAGAAGAACCCAGAAAACCAAGCUACAAUGCGCAGGAGUGUGUGUGUGGCCGAGCAGGAGCUGUGGAAGAAGAGCUUCUCGUGUUUUGAGAAGGGCAUGCAGUAUUUUAGUGCUAUUUCAGACUCGGUGAACACGGCCCUGCUGCUGUGUAACAUCGGCCGUCUCAUGCGCAUCUGUGCUCAGGCUCACUGCGUCAUUACGUCAGAGCAGAGCAGAGGAGAGUUUUCACCUGAAGAGACUCUCUAUUACAACAAGGCCAUAGAUUAUUAUCAGAGAGCGCUGAAGGCUCUGGGCUGCAGAGAGAGUCACUCCGCCGUCUGGGACUCGGUCAACUGGGAACUGUCCACAACCUAUUUCACACUGGCCACACUCCUGCAGGAUUACGCCCCACUGUCCCGCAAAGCACAGGAGCAGAUCGAGAGGGAAGUGACCGAGACCAUGAUGAAGUCUCUGAGAUACUGUGACCUGCAGACUGAAUCCGCUCGCCAGCCGCUCUACCAGUACAGAGCAGCCACAAUCCACCACAGACUGGCUUCAAUGUACCACAGCUGCUACCGCAAUCAGGUUGGAGAUGAGAGUGAUCGUAAGCAGCACAAAGCUCUGGCAGAGCAGCACUACAGUAAAGCCGUGCGCCUCUUUGUGAAUCUGAGUGAUGCUCCGUGUGAACUGCUCCGCACACUUCUGGAGAGAGUGGCCUUCGCUGAGUUCACCAUGGCAGGUCAGAACAGCAGUGCUGUGAAACUGAAGACUCUGACAGGAGCUUUGGAGAUCAUGUGUGAAACACGGCAUGCGUUCAGACUCAUUCAUAAAGAGCUGCUGGAGCAACAAGAAAAUAUAACGAAGGCUGAAGAGAAACCUGAAGAAGUCCCUGAGGGUUCAGAGAGUUCCUCUUCCUCUGAGCUGAACACAGAAGAGGUGCUGAAGCUAAUUGGCAUCUUCGAGCCCAGUUUCUCCUUCCUGUUACUGCAAGUGAUUAAACUCAGCUCUGCAAGCAAACGAAAACUCAGUGGUAAAGAAGAGGAGCAGGUGAAGAUCUACAAGAGCGUCUAUUCUCGUCUCUUACGGGCUGAAAAGUCUGAUCCACUCAUUCAGCGGGUUUCGCUUUUCCUGGAGCUCCUGGAUCAGCUGAAUCCACCAUCUGGAAGUGAAGAACCAAGAUCAUCAUCAUGAUCCUGAGAAUAAAAACCAGCUGGCUUGAUCAAUCUACAAGAUUCUUCUGCCACAUGAACCUAUCAAUGGCAAGCAUGCCACAGUUACAAGCUGAAUCAGUCGUGCUUUCACAUGAGCACGUGACUUUGAAUCAAAAUGUGAAGUAUGACCCUCACCAGCAGUGUCUUUCUUAUGCCCGCCACAUUGUGCUGGACUCUUAACGACGUUUCUUUUCCUUUAAUGAAAACAUUGUGAUAAUAAACCCACAUUGUGCAGUUGUUUGUAUAGCAGAUAUUUACUGUCACAAUAUGUGAAUCUCUGGUUUUAUUUUACACUCUUUUUUUAUUGGGAAGCACACUUACAGGCUUUUUUUCCCCACUUAUGCAUAAAUAAGCUGCAGGUUUUUGAAUUUAAAAUGUGCAAUAAUUGAGCAAAGGUCAAUGCAACAAGGGUGAUGAUCCAGAUACAGUAUUUGCGAAUGAUUGUGACGGCUUGGCUUAUCAAAGUCUUUAAUAAAUUUCCAAGCUACUCAAA